AUGAGUGAUUAUGUGGCUAAACGAUUGUUAGAUCGUGAGGCAGAGUUCACAGAGCAAAAGACUAUUAGUGUAUUUGUUGGUACAUGGAAUGUCAAUGGCAAGUUCGCGUCCGAUGCACUUGAUACCUGGUUAAUGUGCGAAACAGAACCAGACAUAUAUGCUGUAGGAUUCCAAGAAUUAGAUUUGAGUGCAGAGGCGUUCAUAUUAAAUGAUAGUACGCGUGAGGAGGAUUGGACACGUGCUGUAGCUCGAGGAUUAGGAGAUAGGGCUAGCGAUUAUUGGAAGGUUGUUUAUCAAUUGUCUAAGGUUGUGAGAAGAAGAGAGCAUGUCACUAUCAUUAAAGAUGUGCAAACAGACUCUGCUGGAGUUGGUAUAAUGGGAAUGAUGGGAAAUAAAGGCGGCGUCUCAAUUCGAAUGAGAUUCCACGAUUCUACCUUAUGUUUUGUGAACUGUCAUUUGGCUGCUGAUGAAAAGCAAGUGCUAAGACGGAAUCAAGAUUAUCUUGAAAUUUGCCGACGCAUAACCUUUCCGAUAAACGCAACAUUUUCUGUCCCAUCUUCACCUAUCUCACCUAUAACACCUAUUCCAACUUCGCCUAUCUCGGCAACAGCGCCACAAUCGAACUGGUUUCAAAAUAACAUACCUAGUGCAAUGACUAAUAUUGGAGGGAUGAUAGGAGUUUCGGGUGGCCCUCCUUCGGAUAAAGCAUUGACAAUUUUUGAUGCUGAUCAUCUGAUUUGGAUGGGUGAUUUGAAUUAUCGGAUUGAUGCUUUACCACUUGAAGAGAUUAAGGAAUUAUGGGAUAAUAAAGAGCUCGAUGUCUUGCUACAGUUUGAUCAGCUUAAUAUUCAACGAAGAAAUAAGUGGGCAUUUGAUGAAUUCGAAGAAGGACGAAUCACCUUUCCUCCCACUUAUAAAUAUGAUAUCAGAACAAAUAAUUGGGACAGCAGCGAUAAGAAGAGAGCUCCCGCGUGGACUGAUCGAAUUUUAUGGCGAAGUAAAGAAAGUGAUGGAAUUAAGCAACUUGCUUACCGAAGUCACAUGGACAUUGCACAAAGUGAUCACAAACCUGUCAGCGCGAUAUUCACUAUGAAGGUUAAAAAAAUUUUGCCUUAUAAAUAUAAGGAUGUGUACCUUAGCAUAGUCCGAGAACUGGAUAGAUUUGAGAAUGAUAAUAUGCCGGAUGCAAAGGUUUCCUGUUCUGUGUUUGAUUAUGGCGAAAUCAAAUAUUUGGGAGAUCCACAGACAAAAACAGUCACUGUAGAAAAUACCGGCCAAGUAAUAUUAAAAUUCAAAUUUGUACCGAAAUUUGAUGAGCGUCAUAUUUGCAAACCUUGGGUCAUUAUUGAGCCUUCACACGGAUUCAUAUUACCUGGUCUCUGGAGUGAAAGUGAAACUAUCAAGCUUACUGUAGCUGUUGAUAAUAUAUCAGCGCCAGCACUUAAUGCCGGUGAGAAAAUAGAAGAUAUUUUGAUCCUUCAUUUGGAAAAUGGAAAAGACUUUUUUAUCUCAAUACAUGGAAAGUACGUUCCCACGUGCUUUGCGAAUAAUUUAGAAAGAUUGGUACGUUUACCAAAGCCUAUUAAAGUGAUGCAUGAUGAAAAUCUGAGUCUAUUGCCAAUCGAGCAUCAGAUUAGUGUCCCAAAAGAGAUAUGGCGAAUUUUAGAUUUUAUCGGCCAGCACGGUUUAAAUGUGAACGACUUAUUCACAGUGACGGGUGAUCAAUCUCUUAUAAAUCAUAUUCGUGAGUGCUUAGAUACGGGAGAAGAAUUUGAUCUUUCUCUACUUCUCGAUGAUAAACAAGAAGAAUCUCUUCCUACUCCACUUGAGGAUGAGACAACCGUUAAACAUAAUAAACAUGCAACAGAUCUAUCUACGUUGUCCGAAAAACCAUCACGCGAUACUCUCGGUUCUAAUAUCGGCAUACAUUCGAUGGCUGAUGCUCUUAUUCGUUUCUUAGAAUCUUUGCCAGAACCGGUGAUCCCUUUUCAUUUAUACGAUCAAUGUAUAAAUAUUAAAAGUAGACCUGCAGCUCAUGAGGUGUUAGAGCUCAUACCAAGUGUUCAUGCAAAUGUUUUCAUAUAUAUAACCUCAUUCUUGCGAGAGGUAAUUAAUCAUGACAAGCAGAAAGAUACCAGUAGAAUUGAAACUUUGGCCUUCGUCCUUGGUUCAGUGAUGUUGCGAUCAAAGACUAGUGAUCGAGUAUUGAUGGAGUCUCAUGCACAAAAGAAAAAGGAAUUUUUGCUGUACUUCAUACUGAACGAUUUAGAAGAUGAAUUUGAAGAUAAUUUUGCUGACGAUUUGUAA